AAUUAAUUAAUCACAAAGAAGCUUCUUCUUCAAAAUUUUGAAUUUUUUAUUUUCCAUUUCUUUCUUUUUUUUUUUUAAUUUAAAAUAUGUGCAAUCUCUUUCACCAUAGACUGUUACAACUUACAAUUAGAAAGCAGAGAGAGAAGAAAGAUCUGCUCUCUUUCAACGCUUGCGUGUUUCUUGAGUUCUUGACUCGGUUCUGCUCGCAUUGAACCAGCUUGCUGCUGUUUAGCUGAAACUCUGCGUGUAGACUGGUGCAAUAGGCUUGGUUUUCCCAUGCGGGUUUGCGUUUUGAUUGAAAUUAAGGCAUUGGAUCCAGCGAUCGAAUAAAUGGCGGUUUUCCGGUGAGCGUCGCCGGAGCUCCGGUAAGAGUCCGGGAAUUCCGGUGGAUUUUGCUGCGGAGAUGUUUAAGUCGGCGAGAUGGAGGGGCGACAAGAACAGGAUCAAAGCUGUCUUCAAGUUGCAGUUCCAUGCUACUCAAGUGACGCAGUUAAAUGUGCAAGCAUUGAUGAUAUCAAUAAUUCCUGGCGAUGAAGGAAAAUCGACAACAAAAUUAGAAAAGGCGACGGUUCAGGACGGUAACUGUCGAUGGGAAAAUCCAGUCUACGAGACUGUUAAAUUUGUUCGGGACCCAAAAACUGGGAAGAUCAAUGAAAGAAUCUAUCAUUUUAUUUUAUCAUCAGGAUUGGGAAAAGGAGGUUUGAUUGGGGAAGCUUCAACUGAUUUUGCUGCUUAUGCUGAGGCAAUUAAAACUUCCACCAUUUCUCUUCCAUUGAAGAAUUCAAACUCUAAAGCAAUUUUGCAUGUCUCAAUACAGAGGUUGCAGGAAAAUGAUGAUCAAAGAGAGUUGGAAAAAAUUGAAGUUGCAAAUAUUAAAUCGCAAGAUAGGAGCUUGAACGCCCGCUUGAGCAAUGGUGAUACGGUUGAAAGCACUAAGAAUGAUCCCAUUGAAGAUGUGCCUUGCAGCAAAACUACCCACAAUGUUGAAUUGCGUGGGAACCAUAGGGGAUCUAAUGGAUCUGAUAUUACCGUUUCAAGUUCUGAUAGUAGCUCUGGACUUAAUACUCCACGAGAACUUGGAAUGAGGAAUGGCAACAUCAAUCUGGAUCCUCCUUAUCUGUCAUCUAUGAAUAACGCCUCAGUUACUCCUAAACCAACACCAAUUGCCUCAACAACAAUCUAUGAGGAGUGGUCGGCAGGUUCUGAUCAGGGAAUGAGUACUGAUGACUCUAACAGUUCUCAGGACACGUUUCCACGAGAAAACUCCCAACUUGGUUCAGAUAAAGAGAUUGAAAAGCUCAAGAAUGAGCUCCUUGCUUUGUCCAGGCAAGUGGAUGUGUCAGAUUUGGAGUUGCAGACUCUCAGAAAGCAAAUUAUAAAGGAGAGCAAAAGGGGACAGGAUCUCUCACGGGAAGUUGUUAUUUUGAAAGAAGAGAGAGAUGCGCUCAAAUUAGAGUGUGAGAAACUGAAGGCCUUUCAGAAGCGAAUGGAUGAUGCAAAAGUUAAAAGCAGGCUGCAGUUUCAGAGUGGGGACCCCUGGUUUCUUGUUGAAGAAAUCAGACAAGAGCUAAAUUACGAGAAGGACCUGAAUUCCAAUCUUCGGUUACAACUACAGAAGACACAGGAAUCAAAUGCUGAGUUAAUCCUAGCUGUACAAGACCUUGAAGAAAUGUUGGAUGCAAAGAAUACGAAGGUAACCAAUCCUCCCAACAAAUCAGGAUCCCAUGGCGAUGCUGAAGAAUUGAGUGGAGCCAUCUCAAGAAGUGACACAGAUGAGGAUGAAGAGCAGAGGGCAUUGGAACAGCUUGUUAAAGAACACAGAGACACCAAGGAAACCUCUCUCCUGGAACGAAAAAUCAUGGACCUCUACAGUGAGAUAGAGAUCUAUAAGAGAGAUAAAGAUGAGCUUGAGGUACAUAUGGAGCAGCUAGCACUUGAUUAUGAGAUACUGAAGCAGGAAAAUCACGACAUGUCAUACAAAUUGGAGCAAAGCCAGCUGCAAGAACAACUGAAGAUGCAGUAUGAGUGCCCAUCUUCUUUUGCUAACAUAAAUGAACUUGAGACCCAAAUUGAGUUCUUGGAAAGCGAACUCGACAAGCAAUCAAAAGAAUUCUCUGACUCUUUAGUCACCAUAAAUGAACUAGAAACCCACGUCAAAAGCUUGGAGAAAGAGUUAGAGAAACAGGCACAACUAUUUGAAAUGGAUCUAGAAUCUAUUACACGAGUCAAAAUUGAACAGGAGCAAAGAGCUAUCCGGGCUGAGGAAGCCUUGCGAAUGACAAGAUGGAAGAAUGCAAAUACAGCUGAAAGGCUACAGGAAGAAUUUAAAAGGCUUUCCAUGCAGAUGGCCUCUAUGUUUGAUGCAAAUGAGAAGGUGACUACAAAAGCUCUGACUGAAGCUAGUGAACUACGCUUGCUGAAAAAUCAGCUGGAGGAACUGCUCAAAAAAGCUAAAGAAGAGUUCCAAUCAGUUAGAGAGGAUUACGAGGCAAAACUCCGUAACCUUUCCAAUCUAGUAAAUUUAAAAUCAAAUCAGAUAGAACAGAUGUUGAAGGAAAUAGAUGAUAUAUCUAAGCAGCUUGAACAUCAAAAGAAGCAUGAGGAAGAAGUUAGUGGGGCUUUUUCCCAGGAGAUCUGCAGCCUAAAAGCUGAGAUUGACAAGCUGACUAUGGAAAAGGAAUGCCUCCGUGAACAAGCUGAAGAGGCAGAAAAAUUCAGACUUGAGUUGGAACAGACAAAAGCAUUUGCUAAAGAAACUGAAGUGCUGGUGCAAAGAGGAAAUUUAGAAAGAAAUGAGCUGGUAAGUGCAAUUGCUUUGAUGAAAAAGGAAUCAGCUAAGUCACUGGACGAAUUGCAAAGAAUGAGGCAUUUGAGGGAUGAAAAAGAAGCUGCAGUUGAAUCCUUCCAAUCAGAGUUGAACACCCUCAAAAGUCAGUGCAAUAAAUUGAAACAUUCUUUGUUCGAGGAUGAAGUAGAGAAAGAAAAACUCAGGAAGCAAGUAGUUCAAUUAAAGGGUGACCUUAAGAAGAAGGAAGAUGCACUUACUGGCAUGGAAAAGAAGCUGAAAGAGAGCAACGGAAGAGCAGCAGUUUCUGACGGAACAAGAACACCAUUAAGAAACAAUAAAUCUGCCACGGUUCCUCGCAUUCCUAAAGAGGUUGCAAGCCUGAGGGAGAAAAUAAAGUUGCUCGAGGGACAAAUAAAGUUAAAGGAAACUGCCUUAGAAACAUCCACAAAUGUCUUUUUGGAAAAGGAAAAGGAUCUUCAGAAGAAAAUUGAUGAGUUAGAAAGCAGAGUAGAAGAACUCAAUGAGCAUAGCACCAGUUUCUGCGCGUACCAACUUCAAAAUAUAUUUAAAGAUUCCAAGGAGGUUAUAUCAGAUGGCGUGAUAUCCGAUGGGAAAGCAUGCAUAUCCAAAGAGAAUGGAAAUACGGUGCCUUCUGUGGAAAGCACUGAUGACAAUAUGUCAGCGAAAGAAGAGAAAGCCUCUAUUGUCAAUAAAGACGGUAACCAGGGAGAAUUGAUAGCUGAACUGGCAUCAUUGAAGGAAAGAAACAAAUCUAUGGAAAACGAAUUGAAGGAUAUGCAAGAGCGAUAUUCCGAGAUAAGCCUCAAAUUCGCAGAGGUCGAAGGUGAACGACAACAACUUGUGAUGACUGUGCGUAACCUCAAGAAUGCCAAGAAGAGCUGAAAGCAUUGAAAUUCUUCAUAUACAAAAAUAGAAUGUAAAGAUGAAGUAACAGCUGGGUGUGCCCAUACGGAAAAUUUAGGUGUGACAGUUCCCUUUUAGAGUGAAAAUAAAUUAAGUUGUACAAAAUUUUAGUACGGAUAUCACCUCACCAGGUAGUUUCCAAAUGUAGGUAAGUUUUUUCUUUUAUUAUUCAUGUUUGAUUCUUGUCCUCCCCAUAAUUUUUCUUUUUUAUUGUCGUGGUGACAUUUUCCAGUAAUAUAAUUAUUUCAUUUUUUGAUAAAAUUGUUGAUAGAAUUUAAGAUUUGUUGUCUUAAUUCAAGAACACGUUCACAUCAUUGGGUUUUUUUUGUAUUUAUCUUUCAUUAGCCAGUACUUGUCUUUAAAAUCUGGAAAGAGGUCUGCCAGACCCUGAAUUGUUCUCAACCGAAUCCUUUUUUGUCUUUGAUAUUG